CACCAGGAAGUUCUGCAAGUUGACCCAUAAAAAUGACAACAAAAGCGUGAAAAACUCAUUGAAAUAAACCAAAUUAGCCCUCAGAUAUGAGCCCAGGUCUUAAGAAAUAUCUACAGAAUCCUUGCAAUUAAUUCACCUGGCCAGACUUGUCACAAAUUGCCGAGAUGUGGAUGAAAACUAUCAUUAGCCAGCUGUUCACACGAGGGACUGCAUGGAAGUUAAAACGAAUGGCUCUGUUCAAUGUUUUAGCUACGUUCUACUUCAUCAUCAUGAAUUCAACUGCAACUUAUCUGAUGGUCUUUCAGAUUCUUCCAUAUCUGUUUUCGAACCAGCCAAAAUACUAUUGGUGUUUCCUUGGUUUCUUCCUGUUUCUGCUCCUCAAUGUUGUUGGAAACACAAUAUUGGUGAUAAAGACAGACUGCAGUCUAACAUCCCUCCGAAGAAAAAAGGAAAACAAACAAAGUGUAGAAAAAUGGGUGGUGAAAUGUGAUAAGUGUUUGGAAGCCAUCCCUCCAAGGUGCCAUCACUGCCCGAUGUGUGAUGAGUGCAUCCUCAAGCGAGACCACCACUGCUUCUUCCUUGGUAUUUGUGUUGGGUUACAAAAUGAAAAGUAUUUCAUUCUCUUGACACACUAUCUAAUGAUAGGAACAUUCUUUACUGCAGUUCUCAUCAUUAUGUAUGCAAAUCGAGUGUACGGUGUUGAAUUUCAAAAUGUAUUUUCAAUUCUUACACUUUUACCCAAGACUCUAUUUGGGUAUAUGUUUGAAAAAACUAUAAGUGGAGAUCAUAUGUUGUUGGUUACAAUGUUUUAUGGAAGUUUUACUGCAGGGAUGUCCAAUGCAGGUUUGUUUCUUUGGCAGUUGUUGAUUGCUGUUAAUGGGCAAACAUCAUAUGAAAUCACGACAGGCAUAGACAGAUAUGCUGGAAAAGGUUACUGGGCCAAUUUUACGGAUGUGUUUGGCCCAUAUUGGUUCUUGUCGUAUUUCCUACCUAUAGAGAUUAAGCCAGUCGGUUUUAGCAGUAACUUGACUGGUUCCAGUAGCAAAAAGGGACCAUCUUCAAGGAAAACGCUAAAGCACAAACAAAAAGGUCAUUAGAAUGAAGUUGACACUUUGUUAUGUGGAUAUGUUUUUGAGUUUUUGGCAAUAUUUUGUAUGAAUAGCUUGAGAGUAGAUAGACAUAUCAAACUUAUUUUGUAUUUCAUGUGCUGGGGCAUUUUUUUUUCUUAAUUGAAAUAUAAUGUUAAUUACAAAUUCUCUUUGAAAAUCAUAAGAAUGUUCUUGUUAUAAUCCAUCAAUUUCUUUCCAUUAGUCAUGUCUGUUACGAGGUCUGAUGAAAUCACUCAUGUCUGUUAGAAACUAGAAUUUACAGUUUUGCUGAACUUUUAGUCACGUUUUAGUUAGAGUGUACCAUAGAGUACUUACUACCUAUAUGAGAGUCAUUGUCACGUAAUACAAUUUGUACGUUUUUUACCUUCUGUAAGAUAUUUGUUCGUACAUGUAUGUUAUGACCGUUUUUCAA